UCACCUUCCAUUUCUUGCGGCUCAGCAACGGACAGGGAAGACAUGUUUCUUGUCAACACUCCUAGCAACGGCUCAGCCAAUCAGAGGACAGCGAUGUCCGGCGGCGUUUUGGAACUCGGAGCGAUAUAUUUUGGAUGCAUUCUCGAGCUUGCUUUCUUUGGCCGUCUAUCCCUGGCUCAAGAGCUUCCAGUCGAUGUCGUUGGAAUUCAGUUGCAGCAGUUUGUGGCAUUUGGUGCUCAGGCCGUCUCGGAGCGCGUCCUCCUCAACGGGGUCCCGCAUAGUGGUCCCACUCAAGAAGUCAACGGCAUCAUUCAGAGGAUGUCCGCUGACCCGAUCCCUCUGACGCUUCUCGCCAAUCAGACUAUUAUAUCAAGAAACCACAUGAUUCUUCGCUCACGUGACUGCAUCCUGGAGGGCUCAGAGAUACACUGGACUGACCGAGUAUUCUACAAUGGAUCACUUUACCUGUCACUGGACCAUGGUGGGGCCUGGGUCGCUCACACACUGCAAGCGAUGGCCCUCAAAGCAUCAUGGGUGCAGGCUGUGGGGAGCCCAGCGAGGGAGGGUAUCCACCUACAAGAUGCAUGCGUCAACCUAAUGGAAAAACUCAAGCUGUCUGAAGAGCGGCCAGGAAUUCGGAUUCCUCAUUUUCUGAUUCCAAUCUUGGGUGUACUGACCUUAAUUGGGCUCAUCGGUCUCAGCCUCUUCCUUGCCACACGGCAUGGUCUGAGACACCCUGGAGGUGUACUUGGCUCCAUCAUACACUACCGCAGUGACAUGGGAGCAUUUCAUCCAGAACAAGAGGACAACGGUUACCGUACCUUAUGAUUCAACACUAAAGUAUAAAUGUACUGAAACAGCUUGAGCGCUUGUGUGUAAGACAUUUACAUCGUGGAAAAAUGGCCUUAUUAUUUAAAUUUGGUGCUUGGUCCUCCACCCCACGAUAUAGAAACUUUAGCACCUUAGCUUGCAUAACCAGUCAACUGAUUGCAUUGUACAGUUAGCUACCUAGCUAUCUAUGCCUGCACCGCGACAAUGCCGCGUCUCUUCUGAUAGCUGCUUAAGCACACUUCAUUGUUGUCCAUGAGUGUGCGCCUGUCAAGGAGAGAAUGCGGAGGACCCAGAUAAAACAUUUUUUUAGAAGUCCAAAAUGAAAGCCCACCUGUGGGCAGGGAAUUCACAGUGGCAUGUCUGAAAAGCCGCAUGACAACAUGGUGGUCAACCGGAUAUGGAAGUAAAUGUGUGCCGACUGGAUUUGAAUUAAAAACACCACUGAAAAUUUUAGGUUGUAAAAUUCACAUUGUUAUUUCAGUGAUCACAUUUUCUAUAGCUUUUUUUUGCCAUAUUAAAAAUAUUCAACCUUUGAAAUUCAAACGCAAUAUUUUCAGUCUCCUGAGAUUCAAUUGGCUACAAUUUGCUGUCUGAAAGUCACCGUCUUAAUUUAGUCUUAGGUAGGCAGGGUUACUUCAGGUCAGAACCCAACACCCAACUGGAUGGAUAUCAGACCAGUGUUUUAAUGAACUUUAAUCAUGUGUGUCAAGCUUCUCCAAAUGAGUAAAAAUGGAAACUCAACUGCUAAAAAAGGUUUUGUUUUGUACAAAUAGGUGAAAACUUUUAUUGUUUAUUUUCACUUUGCUAAGACCAAUUGUCUUAAAAUGUUCUUUUUGACUCACCAAUCACAGCCAUAGUCCUAAUUUUAGCAAUAUUUGUUAGUUUAAUGUAAGAUACAGUACAGCCAUUUCAAACUGUUUUUAUGCAAACAUGAGGAAAGAUAUUUUUCCCAUAUGCUGAUUUUAAAUCAAAAUUGCUUUUCAAUAAUGAGAAAAAAAACCUGCAUUUUUUGAGCCAAUAUUUUUCAACUGGAAUGUUUUUUUUUCCAGUUAUAUGACUUCAAUAAAAUGUUUUGACAAUGUA